CCUAGGCGGGCGCGGGCGGCCCGAGCGGGCGCGCCCCCGCAACACGCACGCCGCGCGCGCCCGACCGCCCCGCCCCAGUUGCUAUAAAGGGAAGGCGGGCUGAGCCCUGUGCGAGCUCUGUCCGGCGUUUACGAUCCGCCUUCAUCGGUCUGUACAGUAGCUUGUCAGACCCCAGCCGCCAAGAUGGUGAAGCAGAUCGAGAGCAAGUAUGCUUUUCAGGAAGCCUUGAACAGUGCAGGGGAAAAACUUGUAGUAGUUGAUUUCUCUGCCACGUGGUGUGGACCUUGCAAAAUGAUCAAGCCCUUCUUUCAUUCCCUCUCUGAGAAGUAUUCCAACGUGGUGUUCCUUGAAGUAGACGUGGAUGACUGUCAGGAUGUUGCUUCAGAGUGUGAAGUCAAAUGCAUGCCAACCUUCCAGUUUUUUAAAAAGGGACAGAAGGUGGGUGAAUUUUCUGGAGCUAAUAAGGAAAAACUUGAAGCUACCAUCAAUGAAUUAAUCUAAUUAUGUUUUCUGAAAACAUAACCAGCCAUUGGCUCUUGAAAACUUGUAAUUUUUUUUAUUUACAAAAAAGGAAAGAUCAAGUGUGAAGACUAUAUAUCCAACUGCCAUCUGAUUAUAAGUGACAAUAAAAUAUUAAUUCUACCCUUUUUAAAA